UUAAACGACUUUUAAAAUCGGGAAAACUAAGGAUCCUGACGAUUGGAUGCGGAACGGGAACUUGGCUGCUGGAAACGGCCAAAAAAUAUUCCACAAAUAUUUACAUAGGGCUAGACAAUUUAUCGGAAUUCCCCAGUCAUGAAUUACAUCACCAAAAUACUGGUUUUCUUAAAUGUGAUUAUCUGUGUGGAAUCCCGUUCGACAAUUCAACAUUUGAUUUAAUCCACGAUUUCGUGGAUAGAUCCGAAUUAUCGGAUUUUCAGUGUGAAAAUCUUUUUUCAGAGAUUGCUCGCGUUUUAAAACCUGGUAAAAAAUAG